ACAUGGUAGAAAACAGACCCUCAAAUGCACUAUCAAGAUUUUAGCCCAAUGCUUUGACAUGAAUACAUAGAAAUACUUCAGCUCUGCUAACCAGGGAACUAUCCAUUUGAUUAAACACAAGGACUAUCAGCUUGUUUCUUAAUUUAUCCAUUAAAAACCAAUGGGCGCCCUGAACGUUAGUAGAUGCUGCUAUGGCAUGAAACGCCUGCUCCAGCGUCAUGAAGUGAAGCAUGUAGUACCGUCUUUAAGCGAGCCUGAGAGAAAUCAUCUGAAUUGCAUCCCCCAACAUAAACAAUACGCUUCUACAGUUGCACCUACAAAUACACAUCAUGAUUUUGAUCAAAGAAAGUUGGAAGAUGAUGUGAAUGGCCAUAAAAUUGAAAAAAAUGCGGAAGCAAAUUUUGCUUUAGAUUUAGGACAAUGGUCUAUUAAGAGCAGUCCUGUCAAGGAAGAGAUGAAACAGCACACCAAUUCCAAAAGACGUCUUGAAUUAUAUGUGAAGAUGCAUGUUAAGCAGCAACACAAUGCUGGGAAGUUCCGUGAUCUUCUAGCAAAUGUGAUUGCAAACCCAGAAGUUCUCCAGGUGGCAUAUGAAAGCAUAAGACUUGGCUCCAAUCUCAUGACAUCAGACAUAAGUGAAUUCUCUACUGUCAGUGAUAGUAAUGAUAAUUCUAUCUGUGUUGAUUCUAUAGCACAGCAGCUGGUUGAUGGAGAUUUUGAUGUAAAAUCAAAUACCCGAGAACUUUUUUUAUCUACACAUAAACAGAAACCCUUGGUGCUCCCCAAUUUAAAAUUGAAAGUUGUACAAGAAGCAAUUAGAAUGGCUUUGGAAGUUGUUUACAAGCCACAAUUUUCCAAAAUUUCACAUAGUUGCAGAAGUGGAAGAGGUCAACAUUCAGCUCUAAAGUACAUUCAAAAUCAGAUACGUAAUCCAGAUUGGUGGUUCAACAUUUCCAUUCAAAAGAAACUUGAUACCCCAAUUUUUAUGAAACUUGUGGCAACAAUGAAAGAAAGGAUUGAAGAUGAUAACAUGUACAACCUUCUGGGCCAGAUGUUUGAGGCAAAUGUCCUAAAUGUAGAAUUUGGUGGUUUUCCAAAGGGUCAAGGAUGUCCGCAAGAAGGUAUUCUUUCUUCAGUUCUAAUGAAUAUCUACUUGGACCUUUUUGACCAAGAAUAUUAUAAGAUGUCUUUGCACUAUGAAGCACUGGAUCACAGGUCUGAUUGUGAAUGUAAGAUGAAUUCUUUGAAUCAAACACAACAUUCUUCCAAGCUUCGGCAGUGGCUUCGCAAUAAAAUGAAACAACAAUCUGAAGGAACCAUACCAGCAUCAGAAAAUCGAAGACUACAUGCAUGCAGAUAUAUGGAUGAAAUUUUUGUUGCCAUUUCAGGCCCUAAAGAACUUGCAAUUGAACUUAAAGAUGGGAUCAUCAGGUUCUUGGAGAACAUUCUUAAUCUGGAGAUGGAAUCCACCAAAACAAUAGUACACAGUGCAGCUUCUGAAGGGAUUCGAUUUCUUGGCAUGGAUAUUCAGAGUGUUCCUCUCUCUGAAUUGCAAUCGUCGAAGAAAGAAUCUUUUAGGCUUGUUCACAAGCUAAGCAGCAAAAUUGAUCAGUUUUCUCAACAAAUGGAUUGGCAUUGGGAAGCAUGGACAAAGAGAUUAGGAAAGAAAUGGCUUUCUCAUGCUUUGAAGAAAAUCAAGGAGGCCGAUGCUGGUAAACCUGGGGAAACAGAGGAUUUAAGUGAAUGUCGAAAGCCUGGAAUGAAACUGGAUCACUGGUUCCAGGAAAUGCUGAUUAUUUGGAUACAGGACUUGGAUAAGCAAUUUCAGAAGGAUGGACAGAGAAACUUAUGGCUUAGAAAAGUAUCUGGAGAGGAUCUUUUGUCUGAGCUCAUUAUCAAGUCGGAAUUACCACAAGACCUAUGUGAGUCAUAUUGUCUGUUUCAGCAGAAAGUGAAGGAGUAUCUGACUUCAGAAUCUAUUACCAUGAACACAAUGAAAGAAAGCCUUGAAAAUUCUAAGCAUGAAACUGAUAAUAGCAAGUUUUUGAAAGAAAUGAGAAUUGUAGUGAAUGCCCCAGUUAGUAGUAUCAUCAACAAUCUCAUUCAUCUUGGGCUUCUAGACAGAAAAAGAAAUCCUCAACGCUUGCGUGCGCUUAUUCCUGAAGAAGAUUUACUCAUUAUACAUUGGUAUACUGGUCUUGCAAAGAGAUGGAUAAAUUAUUUCUAUUGCUGCAGAAAUUUCUCAGUAGUUCAAGACAUAAUCAGUGAAAAUUUGAUAAGCUCCUGUAUCCUAACCUUAUCAGCUAAGCAUAAGAUUUCAUAUACUAAGAUUCAGAAUCGAUUUUCUGAAGAACUAUGUGCUAUACCUUCACGUGAAGAAACUGAAACUGGAACUCCAUUUGAACCUGAUACUAGUGAUAGAACAUCCUUUGGCAACAGUUUGUGGCUUCUAACAGUCAAUAAAUCCUCUUGCCAAUCUGCUAGAUGUUCUAUUGCAUGCUGCAGUAGCAAAGCUACAAAGAUGUAUUUCUUACAUAAAAAUAAGCAAGAGUAUAAUUCCAGUUUGGAGGAUAGAAAAUCCCCUACAGGUUUCAAUAGCCUUCAUCCAAGCUUUGAAAGAAAAUGUAUCCCCAUGUGCACGGAGCAUGUAAAAGACUUGUACUUGGGUAAAAUUACACUUCAAAAUAUUGAUUUCACAAUUGCCCCAUUUUCAAAACCAUCAUAGCCACCUUAUGACUACAAUAUGUUUUGUCGUCUAAGGCAUGAUUUUCCCUGAUUUGGAUGAUUGUCUUAGUUCUAUCACAAAUAAAAAUUUUCUGAGUCGUUACUUCA